AUGGUGCUCCGAAGCCCGGAUGGGUUCACGGUCGAGUACGCGAUCAAGUUAGACUUUCCAACUACCAACAACGAAGCUGAGUAUGAGGCCCUUAUAGCUGGAUUGGGAUUGGCGAGAACCCUGAGGGUUAAAAACCUGAAAGUCUGUGGGGACUCAAGACUUGUGGUGUCACAGGUUAAUGGAGAAUUUGAGGCACGAGAAGAAACAAUGCUGAAAUACUUGAGGAUUGUUAAAGCUCAUAUGACACAAUUUGAAGAAUGUAUGGUAGAACAUAUACCCAGGGAAGAGAAUGCAAAGGCUGAUGCCUUAUCCCAGUUUGCAUCCUCGGAGAAUGAGGUGUGCUUGGGAAGUGUUUACUAUCAGGUUUUGAAAACCCCAAGCAUCAAUGCCAAGCUGGUAUCCCCAAUUGACACGGGGGCCACUUGGAUCGAUGAAAUCAAAUUAUAUCUCGAAACUGGACACCUACCACCUGAUGCUGGGGAAGCACGAAAACUACAGGUAAUUGCUUUAAAGUAUGCACUGAUUGAGGGGAUUCUCUAUAAGAAGUCUUUUGUUAUACCAUAUUUGAAGUGUUUAAGGCCAGAUGAGGCCCGGGAAGCCCUGAAAGAGGUCCAUGAAGGAAUUUGUGGCCAGCACCUACGUGGGAGAGCCCUGGCUCACAAAGUUACUCGCCUUGGGGCGUUUCCACUCGCCAGUGCUCAAAAGAAGUUUUUGAUAGUGGCUAUUGACUACUUUACCAAGUGGAUUGAGGCCAAACCCCUGGCCAAGAUAACCACCAAGCAAGUUGCUCAGUUCUUCUGGGAAAACAUCAUAUGCAGGUAUGGCAUACCCCGCGUCUUGGUUACUGACAAUGGAGCCCAGUUCAACAAUCCAGAGUUUGUAGGAUACUGUAACGACUAUAGCAUUGAGCUACGAUUCACUUCGGUUGCCCAUCCUCAAGCCAAUGGGCAAGCUAAAGUAGCCAACAAGAUAAUCCUUGAUGGACUAAAGAAAAGAGUCGAGAAAGCGCAUGGGUCUUGGGCUGAAGAGAUUCUCCCUAUACUAUGGGCAUAUCGAACAAUCUGCAAGGUCUCCACCGGAGCAACCCCGUUCCAGUUAGCUUACGGAGCUGAAGCCGUGGUGCCACUGAGAUAA